UCCGCGGUGCCCCACCUCCUAGAGGAUCAGGGUAGCAAAUCUGGAAUUUCCUUCUGCCACUCCUGCUGUAGAAAUCAUUUCAAGCUGCCUGGCAGUGAGAGGAAAGUGAGCUUCAUUUCCGUUAUUCCGCUCCGGCCGAGUCCUUCCAUCGGAUGAAGAGUGAAGGGGACUCCGGAUUCCUCCUGGCGGGAUGUGUGCCGGGAGGGGGGGCACUACUAUGAAACUUUCCUCCUGGACACCUCGGACUGCUGUGUGUGUGACGAGGGGGGCUGGGAGGAUGAUUGAGCAAUCGGCUUCUCUGGCUCGGAUGGGAAUGAGGAGAGCGCCUGGAAAGUUUGCUGGGAUGGAGGGAAGAUGGCACGGCCCAUGGACUUCACUGCACGGGACGGAGCUCCUCAUCGUACUGCUGGUGCCAAUGCUGUGCUGUAUGGACUGUGCCAGGGGCCAGGAGCUGAGUCCUAGAGGAAGGAAUGUCUGCAAGUCUCCGGGGUCUUCAAGCUUUACAUGUUGCCCUGGAUGGAGACAGCAAGGUGAAGAGUGUUUAAUAGCUAUUUGUGAAGGCAACUUUACAUGCAAGGAGAAUGAGGUCUGUGUCAGGCCCAACGAGUGUCGUUGUCGUCAUGGAUACUUUGGUGCCAAUUGUGAAACAAAGUGCCCAAGACAGUUCUGGGGUCCAGACUGUAAAGAAAAAUGUUCCUGCCAUCCACAUGGACAAUGUGAUGAUGUUGGAGGACAGUGCACUUGCAAUGCAAAUCGAUGGGGAUCCAACUGUGAGAAUGCCUGUCUAUGCAAGUAUGGAAAAUGUGACCAAGAGACUGGAAAGUGCACCUGUGAACAAAAUUGGUGGGGCCCUCAGUGUUCGAAUGCCUGUUAUUGUAGUACCAACUCACAAUGUGAUCAAGCAACAGGAAGGUGCAUUUGUCAGCCAGGAUGGUGGGCUCGGAGCUGUAACAACCAAUGCUCUUGUAACAACUCCCCAUGUGAUCAACUGACUGGACGCUGUUUGUGUCGGGAACGGUUAUGGGGCUCAAGAUGUGAGAGAGUAUGCCAGUGUUUCAAAGGCAAAUGCAAUCAAGUGGAUGGAACUUGCACAUGUGAGCCUGGAUAUAGGGGUAAAUUUUGUCGCGAGCCUUGUCCUGCUGGACUUUAUGGACAGGGCUGUCGGAGGAGAUGUGGUCAAUGUAAGGGACUGCAGCCAUGUACCAUAGCUGAUGGUCGAUGUAUUGCGUGUGAACCAGGAUGGAAUGGAACAAGGUGUGAUCAAACAUGUGCCCAUGGUUUCUAUGGAGAAGACUGUUCUCUUGCAUGCCCCCUGUGCAAGGAAGGACACACCUGUAAUCACAUCAAUGGGAAGUGCUCACAUUGCAAUCCUGGCUGGAUAGGCGAUAGGUGUGAAACAAAAUGCCGCAAUGGGACAUACGGUGAAAACUGCGCCUUUGUUUGCACUGACUGCUUCAAUGGAGAGUGUCAUUUUGAGACUGGAAAGUGCCUUUGCAGUGCUGGAUCUCAUGGGGCAUUCUGCAACCUAACUUGCCCCGCUGGCCAGUAUGGUAUUAAUUGUGAUCUGUCUUGUAACUGCCAUGACAAUAAGUGUGAUCCCAUCACUGGAGCAUGCCACAUGGAAGCCAAUCAAAGAAUGGGGGUGAUAGGCGCAGGGGUCCUUGUGAUUUUGCUAAUGAUUCUCCUGCUAUCAUUGCUGUGCUGCUGCUGUGUCUGCCGAAAGAAAGAAGAAUCAGAUGAACAUCGAGAGAAAGUUGCAAACAAAAAGCCCCCUCGACGCUUCUGUGGACGUUUCAGCCGAAUCAGCAUGAAACUGCCUCGAAUUCCCUUGCGCAGGCAAAAGCUGCCAAAAGUAGUGGUGGCUCAUCAUGAUAUGGAUAAUACAUUCAAUUGCAGCUUUAUUGAGCCACCAUCUGUUGUUGAACAGCCAUCCCCUUCAUGGUCAUCCCGCGGUUCCUUUUCAUCUUUUGACACCACAGAUGAUGGACCAGUGUACUGUGUUCCCCAUGAGGAAUCAGUGACAGAAUGUAAGGACAAGGGCAACACCAGAGCCUUGGAAAAGGUAGCCCCACCAGUCAAUGAAGAGGAAGCUGGUGAAUAUACCUAUCUGAAAGACUCUGGAUCUCCGAAAUCAUCCCAGGUAGAUCACAGCGAAACCCCACUGCUAAAGUCAUCUGAUAGCGAAAGAUCAUCUUGUGGUUCUGGCUCUACAGGUGGAGCAUUGUAUGCAAAGGUUGCAAGGCUGUCUAAACAGUCAAAGGAUGAAGAUGACCCAUCCAUGGAUAUCAGAAGUGCUACAAUAGGAGCAAAGCCUCCAUCACCUGAAAGAACAAAACCUCCUCCACCUGAUCCAUCUACAAAGCCUAAGGUAUCAUGGAUUCAUGGCAAAUUUAAUGCAAAUCAAUCUAAUACUUUACCAACAUUUAAUAAGAGUUCAGAAAAGCCAGCAGCUAAUUCUGAUCAAUCAGAACAAAAUGCAUGUGUUAAAGAAAAAGAACAGCAUAGGAAGAGGACCCCUAGUGAUACAAGUCCUGCUAGUCAAGGAAAACAUGAAGAAAAAGUUAUUAUGAGAAAUAAGGACAAGAAAAGGGAUGCUGGCAGUGCAGAAAGCAAACCUUCUGAAGAAGCACAAUCUCCAUCAAAAUCAAAACACAGGAACAAAACUCAUGACCACAUAGAAAAUAUUAAUGGAACAGUUCAAAAUGCCUUAAAGAGGAUAGGAAAUCUACACCUCGAUAAAAAGAGUGGGGAUGCUAAAGAAGCCCCAAAAAGUCCAGAUCACAGCAAGUCUCGGGCUGAGGUCUUCCAUCCUCAUUUGUCAUCAGAGGCAGCUUCGUUACUGGCUGCCCAGCUAAAGGAAAAAACUCAAAGUCUUAAUAAAGCAGAGACCAGCCCUAACCAAAAUGGAAUUGGUCCACUAAAAACACAAAAGGAGAAACCAACACCUCCCCAAAAAGCUAAGCGGUCUGCAGCAGCCAUUAAUCAGAAAUCAAGUAAAGCCAUUUUGCCCACAUCCACCAACCUGCAAAAAAUGAUCAGCCCAGUUGCAGAGACAGUUCCAACCACAGGAAAUCCAGUUGAAAAACAAAACUCUAACAGCAGUCAAGAGCAAGCUGCAGGCACAAAGCAAGAACCAGCAGAACCAGCAGUCAAAAAGACACCUAUAAAGAAGCCUCCUAGGAAGAAAAGCAAAGACGCCUCCUUGGACACUGAUGGAAAAGUACAACCGAAAAUGGCAAUAAUGCCACCACAGUCAGUAAAAUAAUGUUGACUUAUUAGCACAUUGUUUUCUCUCCAAAAGGGGCAUUAGUUCUGCAACUCAUGGACAUAUUUUUGUGUAGCCAUAUUUGAGCCAAAGAAAUAUCAGUCUUUAAGGCGAGAAGACAAGUGCAUUUGGAAAUAAAUAUUUUUGUUACAGUGUAAAACUUGUUAAAGACAAAGAAGACACUUCAUUGGCCUGAAACAUGUUCAACGAAACAAAAUCUGUCCACAAUUCAAUAAUAAUUGCCUUCAUAUGUGGAUUUUAGUGCCUUUGUAUCUUCAUGGAAACUGGACCAUGCACAGCCGAAAGAAGGUCAUAUGAGAACUUUUUUUAGUAAAGUCUUUUGAGCGACACAUUUGGAUAAUGUGGUAUAAAUGAUACUAGACUAUGAGGAUUUCAUAGCUUUGGUUUGUCAUGUAAAGCUGACCGAUAAUUAACUAUCUACAUUUUUUUGCAUGAUAGCCUACUGCCAAGCCUUACUUUUUGCAAGCUGCUUUACAAUACUUCAUUCAAUGAAGAAGGCCAGGUAUCUAAAUUAUUUAAAAAUACCUAUUUUUGUAUCCAAAAUGAUAAACCCUGAAAUAAUGUUUUACACUCAGAAACAUAAAGAGCUGACUGUCAAGUUAAAUAUCCUAUUGGGUUAUUCUGAUCUAUAUCACAUAAUUUCACAUUCGCCACUGAUAUUUGUUUUAUCUGUCUUAUAUAGUGCAUAAGCAGUGCUUAAUUUAAUAUAAAACUAUUUUAUGAAUCUGAUCUAUUUAUGGAUAAGCUAGCCCUUUCCUUUACCCUUAUUUUAUUAAUUUCAGUUCCCACAUUAGUAUUACCACAGAGAAGCAAACACAUCUCCUCUUGUUACAAUAUUAGGGGUUAGGCUGAAUUUACAAAGCUAACACAACUAGGUAAGUGUACUUACUUUUAGUCCAAUGAUAUUUUAAAAUGAUAGUCAAAUGGCUCAAUUAGAAAAACUUGUUGUUAAAGCUUUGUGAAUUGAGCCUGCCCUUUCAACUUUAUUAAUCAGUUUUUAUAAGUGAUGUGCAAAAUUACCAUUUAGCAGGCCUGAUUUACCAGUAAGAAGUGAGGUACAGCAUAUUUAAAAAGAAUGUGGCAUUCAACAAACAUUCACUGCAGGUGAAUCUUUCUGGUGCAUGCAUUUUAAAUUACAGUGAUUCACCUACCGCAAAUGUUUGUUGAAUGCCAUACUCAUAUGAAUAUCCCUUUAGUGAAGGGAACACAAACUCCAGAGUCAUGUGUAGGGAAUUUUUUAAAAUAGGGGCUUUUUUGCCCAUUUCAUUAUGUUCUUCACCUCACCUGACACUUUUCUAAAGCUAGUAUGCUAGUUUGCCUUUCCAAAAAGCUGCAGCCUGCCCUAUUGUAUAUAUAUUUUUCUUUGGUAGCUAGUGAAAUUGAUUAAGGCAAACGUAAGAUAUUUGUAUCACAUUUUGUUAGGGCAAAAUCUAAUGUAAUUCUCCAAAAUGUACCAUAUGUGUGCUGCUGUAUUUUUUAAAUGUUUUAUGUGAUAUACUUCACACUUUUGAGUGGCCAUUACACUUAGAUACAGUUCACAAAACAUUUCCACAGUGCCUUUGUUAGACACUGCUUCACAAGAAGUUGUACAAUAUGUUUUCAGAAUCUUUGUGUAGAUGAAGCAUGUAUGUAGUCAGUUAAUUCUCCAAAUGUUAACAGAUUGAUGAUAAAGGGGUCCAUUAUUAAUUUACUCAGUACCUGAGACACUUCCUGAAUAAGAACAUUGGAGGAGACUUUUGAAUGGCUAGAGGGGGUAGGCAAACCACACAUAAUCCCUUCCCCCGGGCAACUUAAGGUGCACAAGGGUGUUGUAACACCCACCAAAGGCUGUAAAAAUCAUGUGGUAGCAGUUUUUUUU